CUCCCGCCACGUCAGUCUGCUGCUGGAAUGAAAGAAGGAACGUAAUCUGAGUGUCAAUCGCCGACGGACGACGUCACUUUCACAGAGAAUAAAAAGCCCCAUCGCCCCCUGCCCGUUCCUGUCUCGGUUUCUCUCCCUUUGCCGCUGCCGCGGUUGGAUGUGCGCAGCCAUGGCAGAAUAGCGGCCGCGGUCCCCGGCUCCCCCCUCCCAGGCCAGAGCAAGGCGGCAACACCAGCAUCGCUGGCAGCAUCUGGCAACGGCCCAGCCAUGGCGCUUCUCAAGGUAUCAAGCAGCAGCAUUGCUGUCUACAGGAAAGAGAGCUCAGAAUCGACCUCGCUACUGAAAUCCCUAAUAUCAGAGAAAGAUGAGUUUAUUAAACGACGAGAUGCUAUUGGGGGACUUUCUGUCCCCCUUCAACCAGCCGUUUUUGGCGGCUGAGGAAAGUUUGGGUCUCUUGGAUGACUGCAUUGAGGUGCCCGGGUACCUCUCUUCGCAUGGGUUCUCCAGCAACAAGGCUAAGAAUGGCGUCUCCGAACUGCUGCCUUUGGUGGAAUCCUUUGGCAGUGUUCAAGGGGAUGCCUUCUCUGGCAUGGAUUGGAUGGUGGAAAAGAUGGAUUUGAAGGAAUUUGAUUUUGAUUCCCUGUUUGGGAUAGAUGAUCUGGAGUCCACCAUCUCACCAGAUGAGCUUAUGGCCACGUUGGAAGACUCUUGUGAUUUCCUUGAGGACCCGUCUCUCCCAGUGGUGUCUGGCCAAUGUGUACCAUCACCAGACCCACUUUCAAUUCCAGAAUGCUCACUGGAGUCUGAUCAAGUGGCUCCAGUGAGCCCAGAAUUAUCAAAGUCCCUAGUCUCUAGCCCAGACCAUUCCUUUAUCUUAGAUGUAGGACUUGAAGAAGUUGUAGCUGGGGAGGAUAAAAACACCAUAGCAGUAUACAGUCUUGGAAUAAAAUGUGAGAAAGAGGAUUCCUCUGAUAAUGACAGUGGAAUCAGCAUGAGCCCCCCAUAUCUUGAAUCUCCACAGCAAAGCCCAGAAUUUACAGCCGAUAAUCCAAGUAGUGUUCAGUCCAUUCCUGAAUCCCCAAUAUCUGAGAGACCCAAACCCUAUGAUCUUCCCUCUGAGAAUAGAGAAGUGUUGGCAAAGGUGAAAGUAGCUGGAGGGCAUCCCAGAGUAGACAAGAAAAAGAAGAAAAUGGAGCAGAACAAAACAGCAGCCACUCGCUACAGACAGAAGAAAAGAGCAGAGCAAGAGGCAAUAUCUGGAGAGUGCAGAGAACUAGAAGCAAAAAAUGAUGCUCUACAAGAGAGAGCAGAUUCUAUUGAAAAAGAGAUCCAAUAUUUAAAAGAUCUCAUCGAAGAAGUCCGUAAGGCCAAAAGCAAACGAGCAAAAAGUUCUUAAGUAGAAAAAAGAUGGAGCGUUGUGUAUGUUGUACAUAGAGCUAACUCGGUUAAGUAUUGUGUGAGAAUGUCUGUCUACUAAAUAAAUUAUUUUAUAGUUAAAUGGAA